AUGGCCGCCCCAUGCCAUGUCUUAUGGCCGCACGAUUCCGUGACUUAUGGCCUCCCCAUGCCUCGUCCCCAUCACAUCAAGACUCCACUCCGCACGCAGCGCCUGCAAAAGGAUACAGGGGCGGAGGGUGAUCGCCUCAAGGAGGCGAGCGCUAUCAACGCGUCCCUUUCGCAGCUCGGCAUUGUGAUCAUGCUUCUGGUGCAAUCGCUGAGGGAAAACAAGCCUCGCCACAUACCGUACCGUGAUUCCCACCUCACCUUCUUCCUCCAGCUGUCCUCGGACCUGAUUGCUUCAUCUCCUCCAUCUCCGUUUGAGUUGUCUCCAGGAGAAACUUUAUGUGUCAUACCACCUCUUGUGUUCCUCCCUCACCCGCAGGUCAUACGACGCAACUUGCAGCACGCUCAGGAUGAGCCGGAACAGACAAAAAAAGAGCGACGGGAAGUGGGUGCCGAAGCUGCAGAACUCGCUCGGGAGAAGGCUGCUGUGGAAGAGCAGCUUUGGGCGAGCCAUGAGCAAAUCCGGGAGAUGCAUGUCCGGGAGGAGCGACAUGAGGAGGAGAGGAGGGAGCAGGAAAAGAAGUUGCUCAAACAGGGAGUGAGACUGCGGGAGCAGGAGGUUAGAGAGAAGAUACGGUGUGAGGCAGACCGGGCGGCAAAAGCAGCGGAGACAGAGCUUAGGCAAGCGGGUGCUGCUGCGGCCCUGGCUCAAGAAAAGGAUGCGGUGGAAAAGAAGCUUCGGAUGAGCCAGGCACAAGUUCGGGAGGAGGAGGGAGAUCGUGAUGGGCUGGGGCGGCAGGAGGAAGGGGGAGUUCGUGAUGGACUGGGGCGGGAGGAGGAGGGGGGAGUGAGUGGGGUGAAAAAGCAGUGGGGGAGAAACCCACCGUUCACACUGGCAGAAGUGAAGGCUUUGGUGGCUGCUGUGGAGGUGCUUAGUAUUGGCAGUCAUCUUCUCCUCUACUCAUCAUCUCAACUUCUCCUCUACUCAUUCUCUCCUCUACUCAUCUUCUCCUCUACUCAUCAUCUCACCUUCUCCUCUACUCAUCAUCUCAUCUUCUCCUCUACUCAUCAUCUCAUCUCAUCCUCUCCUCUUCUCAGCUUCUGCUCUACUCAGCUUCUCCUCUACUCAUCAUCUCAACGUCCCAUCGGCUCAUCUUCUCCUGAAUUCAUCAUCUCAUCUUCUCCUCUACUCAUCAUCUCAUCUUCUCCUCUACUCAUCAUCUUCUCCACUUAUCAGCUUCUGCUCUACUCAGCUUCUCCUCUACUCAUCAUCUCAACGUCCCCUCGGCUCAUCUUCUCCUCUACUCAUCAUCGUGUCUUCUCCUCUACCCUGUUCACACUUGUGUCACUGUUUUUUUAUGCGCCUCAAAUGCCGUUUUACUUCUUAGUCCACCUGCUACAGAAGAGGAGGAAGUUCCAGAGCACGGUGGCAGCAACAGAAACAGCAACAGCAGCAGCAGCAGCAACAGCAGUCGCACAACACCAUCAUGAUCAUCACCAUCGUUGUCGUCAUCAUCAUCAUCAGCAGCAGCAGCAGCAGCAGCAGCAGCAGCAGCAGCAGCAGCAGCAGCAGCAGCAGCAGCAGCAGCAGCAGCAGCAGCAGCAGCAGCAGCAGCAGCAGCAGCAGCAGCAGCAGCAGCAGCAGCAGCAGCAGCAGCAGCAGCAGCAGCAGCAGCAGCAGCAGCAGCAGCAACAGCAGCAGCAGCAGCAGCAGCAUCAGAAGCAGCAGCAGCAUCAGAAGCAGCAGCAGCAGCAGCAGCAGCAGCAGCAGCAGCAGCAGCAUCAGAAGCAGCAGCAGUCAGACGCAGGAGUCUAUGAUGACAGCGGUGUGAAGGACGUUGCACUGUCAGAUGAUGACAGCGGUGUGAAGGACGUGGUACCUGCAGGACAGCCUGGUGCUGCCACAACCACAACCCCUGCAGGAUGGUAG